AUGUUAGGUCGGUUCUUUGGAUGGAUUCCCCUCCUUUUCGACUUCGCCGAGUAUUAUAUCCCUCCAAUCCAACCCCAGGAGCGUCUCCAGGCCCAAAAUAGACCAUGGCACCAAAUUAUCACCGGUUUAUAUCACGAGCCGCCCCUCAUCAAAAUCCACGAUCGUAAUGGAGAUGUCAGUUGGAGCUUCGUACGCGAAGACGUCACGCAAUCUCUCCCCGCCGAUGUGCGCAAGUGUCUCUAUGCCAAGGCCGAUGAUACCACCGAGCUCAAGUAUAUGAACAACGGCACCAGCGUCGGCGCCGUCUAUAGUGACCUCGUGCUGGUCGUUAACCAUACACCCAAAAACCCCACCACCGAUAAGUUUAUCACGUUUGCACUCUGCAGGAGGAACGAGGUACUGUGGAACGCGCAUACGCUGGAACCCUUGCCGGGCGAUCUCCUCGCAGUGGGCACUACUGGGCAGCGACCCUGGGAUGGUAUUCUCGUCUACAAUGCUAGCGCCGCAAACUCUCUUAUGGCAAACCCUCCAAUUCUCCAAAAUAUCACGGGCUUGCGCGCUAUCCACGCCUUGAUCUGGGAUGAACAGGGGCAGAUGCUGUGGGGUGCCGGCACGGACGCUGCAGCGGACGGCUCCGACCCGGUUCCUGCAUUUGGGACUAUCAUCGGGUAUCCCUGGGAUAGGGAGACAGGUCUACUGAGAAAAGAUGAUCGAUAUAUCUAUAAACUGCCCGAGGCGUACACUAUCGAGUCCGAAUGGGGCAAGGGAUACCCCUGGUGGGCUGGGUUACACGAUUUGGUACCUGUCCCUGGCGAGCGGAAAUUUUUGGUCUCAGAAGAUCGUGGUCUUCACGCGUUCGAUAUUGAAAAGGGAGAAUUCACCGAGCAUUAUGAAAAUGUCACUGAAAAAUAUAUGAAAGGAUUUGAGGUGACGACGAAUGAUCGCCACGGGUACAAUGGUGACGGGGAGUGGGAGGAGCUGCCACAAUCGGACCUAAAGAGUUUCAAUCUUGCGCCCGACGGCAGUUUCAUCUACGUGCAAUCUCUAUGGACUAAGUUCCGUGGAUUUCACACGAGUUUGGUGGUGAAUGGCAAGCGACGUAAGAUCAACAUCGGCGAUGAGAUCUACCGGUCGCGCUGGUUUGGAAAUAUAGAUGGCUGGCCCAAACCAUGA